AAGUGGCGACAUCAUAAUGCCAUAGAAACAUUCUAAACCUGCUGAGCUUCCUGUGAGCCUUUCAAAGCACUGGGACAAGUGACCUGUCCAGCCAAGGCUGUUCCUUACCAAUUAAUCCUUCCUCACCAAGGAGGAAGAAGAGGAUGACCGAGGAGAGAGAGUGGAUGAAAAGGAUUCAAGACGAAAAUGCGCACCUGAAAAAUCAGAUUAGGCUGCUCAGGGAAAACUAUGAACUCCGUGCUAUGUUGGGUCAACAGUGUGACAACGGCAGCCAAGUCCAGUUCUUAACGUCUCCAAUUUCUCCUGCAUAUACUGAUGCUGGUUUAUUGGUAAAAGGAGCUCAGUAUAUUGGAAGAGAAGAUUUUGGUUACUGCUCACACGUCAUCUCCAAGGAGCCCACUGUUCUGCCCAACCCCAGUGCCCAGUCACCACUGAAGCAGCUCCAAAAUGAACACCCCCCUUUUCAGCCUAGAAGUGGAGAAAAGAAACCCGGACAUUUGUCAAGCAUGUCGUGCUCCACCAUUGGAGGAAAACAGCUGGAGGAACCCACAGAACUGAUGGGACUCAAGAAAGCUUGGCUGAUGGACGGCCCUUUCCCUGGAGGCGAUAAGGCUCAGACGCCCCUAGCACUAAGCAUGGCUCACUAUAAGGCUGCAAGACUACUCAGUUCAAAAGACACGGCGAGUCAUUCACCAUCAUGGACAGAAGAAUUAGCUUCCUCAAACCCUACACGCUUGGCGAGCCAGGAGGAAGCUCAGAACACAUUUUCAGAUGACCUCAAAAUACGCAAAGGAAGUUCUUCCUUGGGGAUUUCUGAAAGGCAGUCCUAUCCCCUUUUGGGCAGUGCCCAGAACUCAAGCACAGACAAAGCACAGCUUGAAUCUCAAGAGAUGCCCAGGAAGAAGAGAGUCUGGUUUUCUGAUGCACCAGACACAGACAAGUUAAGGAAGUCCCAUACGUUCUACUUGAAUGAUAUAGAGAUUACUCAGAACAGCAAGAGGAACGGGCGCAUUGUGGGAGAGAUUGCCUUCCAGUUAGACAGGCGCAUUCUUGCGCAUGUGUUUCCUGGCAUCACAAGGCUCUAUGGGUUCACAGUAUCCAAUAUUCCUGAGAAAAUCAAACAGGUCUCCAUGAAAUCCCUAGAUGGCUCUGUGGAUGAGAAGAAGUACCGAGCCAUGAGCCAGCGCUACCUGGACCUGACUGUUCGCCUGGAGAAGAUGGGCUACCACGUGGACGUCCACCCGGUGUUCAGUGAAUUCCUCAUCAACACGUACGGCAUCCUGAAGCAAAGGCCAGACCUCAGUUCCAACCCCUUGCACAACAGCCCCGCAGACCUCAGGAAGAUGGUGAUUGACAUUGUCCCAUCCAAGUUCCUUGGAGAUACAUUGCUGCUCCUGAACUGUUUGUGUGAACUUUCUAAAGAAGACAACAAGGCCCUCUUUGCCUGGUAGUAGUGCAGCUGCUACAGCU